CAGUGCCCGCUCAAUUUCUAGGGCAUCUUCUCCACCGCCUUGAUUUACCUCUCCUUCUUCUCCGUGUUGCAUGCCCGCAAUCCCCGCCGAGCUUGAUCCGCAGGUCGCCCGUCUCCGUCUGGCCUUCUCGCUAAUUUCGUUUUCGAGGUUCCGCUCUCUCAUCUUUCGAACUUCUUACUUGUUUGACGCGAAUUUGAUGAAUCAUUUCUUGCAAUUGGAUAUUUUUGCUGUUGCUGGAUGCUAAAAGUUUUUACAGAAGGUCAAAAGAUGAGAUUUUGCAUCUAUCUAUGAUAAAUUCCUUUCAUGGAUUUGUGAAACUGCCGAGGUUUCAUUUUACCUGUCUUUUGGUAAUCUUGUUCGCUUGGUGUUGGGAAUGGAGGAAGCAUUCAAGGAGUUGGAGGAGAUGAGGCGCGGAAUGGAGAUGCUUAAGGCGGAAAGGAAGGCAGACUAUCACCAUUCUGAGAGUUUGAAGAGAGCUUUUGAAGAGCAGCAGGCCAAAUUGCAGAAUGCGAGGGUGGAGAUUCAGCAGCAAGCAAAAGAGAUUGAUGUGAAGUCAGAGGAGAUUUCCAUGGUAAAACAGAAGUAUGAAGACCUUCAGUCAAUUUUCCAGGAGAAAGAAUCAGCCUUGAAACAGCUGAGCUUAGCUAAUGAGAGUAUGCGGACUGGAUUCAAGGAGAAGAUUAAAGAGUUAGAGCAAGUAAACAAGGAGCUUGUUUUUGCUCUGGAUGAAGCCAAUGUCAAGGCAGAAGAGCAGGAGAAUAUGGUUUGUGGAUAUAAAAAUGAAAUUGUGGUUUUAAAGGCUCUUUUGUCAGAGUCUCAGAAGAAAUUGUGUGCUGCAGAACUCAGAGCUCAGGAGCCCAAAGAGCUAAGAAGAAGAGAUGAAAUGCUAGAUGAGCUUGUUAGAGAGAAGGUAGAAAUUGAGGACCGCCUUAAAUGGAAAACUGAGCAGUUUUGGCACCUUGAAGAAGCACUAAAUAAAAUUCAACUGGAAUUCCGGGCUAGCAAGAAAGAGUGGGAAUCAGAGAAAUCAAACUUGCUCAAUAACAUUUCUUCUCUACAAUCAAGUUUGGAUUUUGAGAUUCAAACUUCCAAUGAUCUUCGUUCCCAGUUACAAAUGUGCAACCAAGCAUUAGCCCAUGAGGAAAGCCAGAGAAGAUUGCUUGAAAUUCAGAUGCAUGAAUCAAAGGAAAGGUAUGAUAAUAUUGCCUUGGAGUAUGAGGAGAUGAAAUCAAAUAUUGAGACAUUAACCGCUAGAAGAGAUGAGGAAAUUGCUUCAGUUAGGAACUCCCUGUCUGCUAAAAAUAUACUACUGAAAGAGUUGGAGUUUAAAAACACCUUCUUUGAACAAGAAAAUCAGAAAUUGCUUGAAUCUUUGAAAGAGGCACAGGAAGCUCAGAUCAAUGGAGUAGAAGCUUUGGCCUCUUUGAAGUCCUUGCGUCAAAAAUUUCGAGCACUUGUGUUGGUUCAUAAAGAAUGUUCAGAUAAGCUAAAAUCCAGGGAAGCUCAUUGGAGUCAACAGAAUGCAAGGAUUACUGAUGAACUCCAUGAAUGCUUGUUAAAGUUGAAAUCUAAUGAUCAUGAAAUCAGUAACCUCAAGGAAGAACUGGAAAACAGUCAAUGCUUGGCAAUGCAGACUACAAUGGAGAAAGAAGAGAGUUUUACCAUAAAUAUCAUAUUGAAAUCAAAGUUCAUGGAAUUGUGCUGUGAUCUUAUGGGUUUAGAUCUUAUUGUAGAAAGGGCAAAUGAAAGGGCUGAAGAAAGAGUUGCUUUUCUGACAGAGCAAUUAGAGAAUAUGAAUAUUUCUCUCACCAAAGCCAUGGCCGAGGUAUCUGAAGAAAGAAUGAAGGUACAUUUCCUUCAGUCAAAGGUCGAACAAUUAAAGUCUGUUCAUGGAGAAUUUUUAUCAAUGCAGAAAGAACUUUCUUCUUCUAAAGGAAUGGUGGCAGAACUUUCGCAGACUAUCAACCGUGUAAAAGAACAAGCUGCUCAGAAGGAACUUGAUCUGCAAGAUAAUUUGCGAAGAACUUCAUAUGAUUUAGAGAAGGCAAAUUCUUCUUUUUCUGUAAAGGUUGUUGCAUUAGACGUAGUAGAAUUUGAAUUACAGCAACAGAGAAAUGUUGUUAAAGAGUUAAAGAAGGCUAAAUGUGACUUAGAAAUUGAGCUGCAGAGAAAUCAUAAUGAAAACCAGGAUAGUAAAAGGUGUAUGGAGAAUGCUAUUCUUGAAAAAAUGGAAAUGGAAAAGAGUUUAAAGGAAGCUGAGGAAAACUUUCUCCUAAUAUUAGAAGGCAAAGAAAGGAAAGUACUUGAGCUCGAAAUAAUUAAAGUAAUACUGGAAGAACAUCUCCCUAUGAUAAACCUGCAUAUCUCUGCUGUUCCAAAAAUGCUAUUGCCCCAAUCUGUGAAGAAGAAGUUGUACAAGUUUCAAGUCUUACUUGAAAGUUUGGAAGUGAGGCUAAAUUUUUUCCAAGAUAUUAUUGAUUUGUUGGAACAGAAUCAUGGGGCAAGUAUUGAUAAUAUUUGGAUGAGCCUUGAAAAAUUAAGAGCAGCAUUUAUAGAUUUCAUGGAAGGAAAAGUCAAUGUAAUUUCUAAUAUACAUCGACGAAUUUUAACCUAUGAUGAAAUUUACUUCAGCUUAGUAGAAGCUGCAGCUAAUUCCAUGUUUUUAGAGCAGAGAGAAGUGCUGAUUGAUCAAAUCAUGGGUCUAGGUGAUCUCAUAGGAAAUAUUUCGGGAAAAGGUGAAGAGGUAAGGAAAUACUGGGAUAAGAUAUUGCAAACAAAUUAUGGGGUUGAUACUGUUACAGACAUGGAACGUGAGGACCUCAUAAGCUGCAAAAUGACGCAUGGGAGAAAGUAUGCUCCAGCUCUUUUAGACAAGGGAGACGAGAUAUUUGACAGGAGAUUGCCAUUGAAGGAACAUAACUUCAAUUUCUGAAUCUAUCAUGGAUGAGUUAUAAGGAACGGGCUUAUGAAUCUGGUAUUGUUUGAUUUCUUUUUGUUCAUUGAAAUUAACAUAUUUAUGCUUUU